GAUCCGGCACAGAACAACGCAGUGCCGCAGUACCGAAUUGCACGAUUCACAGUUGCACGGCAAUGGACGAAACGGGAAGCAGAGCGGUCCUUCCCCCCGCAACCCCGGACGAAGGGACCGCGGCUGCUUCGUCUAGGCCUCCGUCCAUCGGAUACGUGUCCUCGGAAUCGUCGGGCUCCGUUCCUCCGUCUUCCUCGACGAUUUCCUCGCGGUCGGGCGACACCUGGUGCGGGGCACAGGUGCAGAGCUCGAGCCAGAGCCAGAGCCAUUGCCGCGCGGAUUCCAUCCCCGGGAGCGKGAGCAUCAGCAUCGAAAAAAGAGGCAAUCCCUGCCGGAGCGACAGGAAAAUCGAAAGCAAAACCGAAACGCGUUCGUUCGGAAGCAGGGAGCACCACCCAUCGGAGAUCUUGUGUGCGAGCCAGCGGCGACCGGGAGUGCCGGCGCAAAACAAUCCAAGCGAACCGGUUUCGGUUCGGCGGCUGGAGGAAAAGGUCGUCUCGCUGAUGGAUCGGAUCUGGGUCCUGGAAGCGGAACGAGAAGGGACGCAAGCCGCCCAAACGAUGGAUGGGAAGGGGACGCUGUUGCCACCGGCUUCUGCUUUGGCAUCCCUCCGAGACACAGAGCCGCCGCACCUCACGGAAAUCACCAGCCGUUGYGCCGCCGUUCCGGCAUCGGUGGAAGCGGUCCGGGAGCUGCGCAUCCAGAACGAGACCCUCCGGGCCGAGCUGGCCGUCUCCGAAACCGUCCGGGGGAGCAUGAGAGACGCGCUGGUGACUCUCCGAGCCAAGGACAAGAUCUCUCGUGAACUCAUCGAGGAGCUCACGAACGAGCUCGCGCUGCACUCAGCGGGAGAGGACGGCGAAGACGACGACUACGGGGAGGCUGGUUGCGGUGGUGCAACGGAAGAGGAACAGGGGCCCUCCGGAGAGGAGCCGCUGGGACCGUUGGUUCGGUCCGAAAAUACCACCACCACCAACGUGGCAGCAACCGAACCGCCGAGUGGUGGUGUGUGUGGCACCCAAUACCACACCGCUGCCUACGUCCGACGCCUCGAGUCCUCGGUGGAGACCGCGUCGCAGCUGGUGGCAGAUCUGUCGAACGAGCUGAAACUCACCCUGGAGCGCGAAGCGGCCCUGGAAGAGAGACUCAGGCGGCUGUUGCAACAGCAGCAAGAAGUGGCAAGAGAAACAACCGCCACACCCACCUCGGGGGAAACAAGCAGCGCAACCGCGGUGUCGAGAACGCGUGGGAACGUUUCUUCGAUCAAGAACAAAGACCAAGGCAUUCGCCUCGUCGUCGGCGACGACUGUCUUGCCAACAAACUCGAAAACAGCAACGACGGCAACGCGUUGGUGUCCGCCGCUGGGAGGAAAGGGCACCUUUUUUCCUCGAAGAUCCGUCGCGAGGAACACCAAGGGGAGGAUGCCUUGCUCGGGAAUCGCCGCAGCAAAGCCGUGCUUCCGAAAGAACAAGCACACGCAACGAUGAAACCAUACCGCCCGAAAAGCGGAUCUCCUGCCUGCGCCAACCGCAAUCUCGAAAGCGUUUUCUGGAAUCGGACAACACAGCGGCAGCAACAAUGGCAAUUGCAACGGCAACAACCAAUUGAACAACGCCAGCCGGUCAGCGACAGCGACAGCGACAGCGACAGCGACGACGAGUACAGCGGGGUCGACUUUGACGAAUUCGAGUUGCUAUGGAACGAAGACCACGACGACGCGAUUUGCGAACACAAACCCAGCGAGUCGAAGGUUCGCCGCAGCCCCACCGGCCGACCUUCCGAAGCGAUCCACACUCGCGGGCAGGGAACCGGUUCGAGAAGUGCGUUCGAUGCCUACGGCCGCGGCCCCACCGCCAAGCACCGGGUUCCACCGGGGCAACGGUCGCUACCAACGCGGUGUGAGCAACGCGACGACCAAAGCAGCGGUUCGGUCCCCCGGGCCGGUAGCUUCCGCUCGUUUGUCGGACCCGAGCGAGUCACCGUUUGACCAUGCCACCGCCACGGGCUUUUGCACCGGGAUGGCGGCGGCGGCGAACCAAAAGAGGGACGCCGGGGCCGAGGAGCAAAAACCAGGCGAAAUGGGGUUCGGGGUCGAUGGCAAGAGGUGGGGGAGUAAUUUUGGCGGUGCAUCUGGAUCCGGCCUGCACAUUGCACAUCGGCGAUUGUCAUGCGCCACGAGUGAGAAAGAAGUCUUGGAUGUUAGAUGUAUUCCGCAUCUCCUUUUGAUCGGCCCCUAGGUGAUUGGAAUGUGGCAGCAAGGGUGACAAACAUGCUACUUUUGGUGCACUAUGCAAUGGCAUCAAUGCAUAGCAGCCUGGAGUGAUAAGAUCGAAGAAAAUAGAAAUCUGUGAAAUUCGCUCGAACGCAAUGGAUGCCUUAGGGUACCCAACUGCAUCCAAUUCUACCCGAGAGACCUUGAUGACAACAACCAGCGAAUCACGCYACUGCCCAGCCUGCUUCCGUAUAUGAUCUGCCAAAAAUCCGAAUAUAUCUCGCGAGUGCAGAGCACGAAAAAYGAGCAAAAAACAAGAUACGUCAAAAACACUUUCGGUGAGCUAGGCUCCGUGCUGUGGCUGCUGCUACCCGGAUUKUUUGGGCUGAGGGUAUCUGCUUUAUCUUAUGUACGCACUGCGACGAACAUACAAAUCCGGAUGUUCAAGAAAAAAGAAGUGGGCAAGCGUCCGCUGGAAAGUUAUGGACUACAGCGACAUCAAAACCUACAAGAUGGCAUUCAUUCUAUUAUUUCUGUGAGAUACGGUCUCUUGCCGCUCAAAAUACUAAACAAACUGAAAAACGCUAU